AUGGUGUUUAACGAUUGCAAAGUGAAAGAAGAUAUACUAUCAGUUUUGCCACUUCAAGGAAAUACACGUGGAAAGGACAUAUACAAAGUUAUUAAAAACUACAUUAAAGAAAUUAAUCUGCCCCUUCAAAACCUUGUGUCCAUAACAACUGAUGGAGCACCUGCUAUGAUUGGUUCUGGUGUUGUCUUCAUCACAUUAUGUAAGAAUGAUGCUGAGUUUUCAAAUUUUGUUCAUUAUCACUGCAUCAUCCAUCAACAGGCGUUAUGUACAAAGGUGUUGCAUUAUGAACAUGUCAUGAAAGUUGUAAAAAUUGUAAAUUCUAUUCGAGCCAGACCACUUCAGAGCAGAUUAUUUAAAAUACUGACUGAUGAACUUGAUGCUGAGUAUGGAACUUUAAUGUUACAUUCUGAAGUUAGAUGGCUUAGUAAGGGAAAAGUCUUACAACGAUUUGUAGAUCUUCUACCAGAGAUAAAACUGUUUGUAGAAUCCAGAGAUGAAACUUAUGAAGAACUUAAUGGUCAUGUCUGGUUGUCAGAUUUAUCCUUUCUUACUGAUAUAACAGCCAAAAUUAAUAAACUCAAUCUUGAACUUGAAGGGGAACAAAGAACUCUUUUUCAAUUAAUAGGAAGUGUAAAUGCAUUUCAGUCAAAAUUAAAUUUGUGGAUAUCCCAAAUUAAAGGAUGUAACUUCAGCCAUUUUCCAAAUUUACAGAAUUAUAUUCAUAAAUAUAAGAAAAUUGAAUCAGAUAAAUAUUCCGAAAAUCUUGCUGAACUUAAAAAUAAUUUCGAAAUUAGAUUUUCUGAUUUUCCGGGUAAUUACGGGGGGAUUGAUUGGAGGGGAAAAGCCGCAGGUCGUAAAGCGAGGUACAGAUGUGUAUGGAGGAAGAAUGAUAGUUCUAAAGGAAGAGGAUAG